UCGGAACUGAGCUCCUCCAUAGGUCGGAAUGUGAUCCGGGACUUCACUCCAGGCUGGAGGCGCAAUUUAUUCCUUUCACCUUCUACAGAAACUUGGUUAUCUUUGGGAGAAGGGUCCUUGCCCCCGGAAUAUCAGGGCGACAACUGAAAGAGUCUGCUGGAUAAUCUGCCUUCCAGAAAAGUCUGCACUCCAGUCCAUCUUCCAUUCAGCAAAACAUGCGCCUGUCAGCCUUGCUUACCCUGGCAGCCAAGGCUAACCUGCCUCCUAAUUAUCGAUAUGGAAUGAGUAAACCUGGAUCUAUGGCUGACAAGAGGAGAAACCCUCCUUGGAGAAGGCGGCGCCCAGUCCUGGUGGAGCCUAUACCUGAGGAUUCCUGGAAUGUGUUUUGUGGGGACACGGUAGAAAUCCUGGAGGGCAAAGAUGCUGGAAAGCAGGGCAAAGUGGUUCAGAUCAUCAGGGAGAGGAACUGGGUUGUCUUGGAAGGACUGAAUACGCAUUUCCGAUAUAUUGGAAGAAGCAAGGAUUAUCGGGGGACCAUGAUUCCCAGUGAAGCUCCCCUGCUUUUCCGCCAAGUCAAGCUUGUGGAUCCCACUGACAGAAAGCCAACUGAAGUACAAUGGAGGUUUACAGAGGAAGGUGAGCGUGUCCGAGUGUCCCUGAGGACAGGGAGAAUCAUCCCAAAGCCUGAUUUUCCCAGACCGGAUGGCAUUGUUCCUGAACAGUGGAUUGAUGGCCCCAAAGACACAUCAGUGGAAGAUGCUCUGGAGAGAACUUAUGUUCCCUGUUUGAAGACUUUGGGAGAAGAGGUGAUGGAGGCGAUGGGGAUUGUGGAGACUCGGAGGUACAGGAAAGUCUACUGGUAUUAAGGCUAGGUAGAGGACUGUCUUCUUGCCACUUCCUCCCAGGGUCACAAUCCUGGAAUCUAAAGAAUUGUGUUAUUUCCUUUUGUCCAAUAAAGAUUUUUUGAGGAA